CACAGCAACGGCUCCUAGAAGAAUUCGUUUCUUCGCAUCUCAGCCACGCCGAUGGAGACCAGUUGGUCGCAGUCGGACAGAUCUUGUCUACACUUGCUUUCAAGGCCAAGCUGACUCAUCAAAAGUCAUCGAAUCCUAUAGCGAUGCAAUAUUUCGCCAAUUGAAAGAGCCUGAUCAUACUGGAUCGCUGAGUCGACGCCUAGCAACUGUUCUUGUAAAGUCCGAAUAUGUCAGGGCAUGCGUACUGCUCAGAGUUGAAGAGCACUUAUGCAACUAUAUAUCCGGAUGCCCAUCCAUUCGUGAUAGUUCAUCGACAGCAGAAUUCUUGGUUUCGCAUGGUCUGAGCCAGCGAUACCGCGCUCCCAAGGAACAGGAUGAGUCUGUGUCUGGCAGCGAAAUCAUUUCCUUGGUCCUGUUUCUGAGCAUGUUAUUCAGCGACUGCAAUGUACCGACUGUCAUCCCCGAAGGCAUAUUCUGCCACCUCCUUGUCAUUCUAGGUGCUCAAGAUGAUGCGAUUUGUUAUGCUGCGAGACAGGUGAUCAUUACUCUGCUCGAAACAUCCAAAACUGGAUCUGUCAAAGUAAUGGUACCUACUCUAGGUGUAUCCGUCCACUCACUCGUAUGGUCUCGAGUAAUGGGACUGCUGCCUUCUGAACGAGAAAAUGGCGGGACGUCCAUCGCGAGUGUACUUGCCGUGUGGCUGAAACUUGCAGCCUGCUCUAAGGGCGACGAGCUUCAGGCACCGCUUCGAAAAGAUAUUUAUUGGAUACUUCUGCAGAAGAUUCUUCUUCGUGGGUCCGAUCAGCAAAGAAAACUUGGGCUUGCCAUCAUGCGGAUGUCGCUAGAUGCUAUCCAAGACCCUCGGGAAACCCCCGUGCUCGGUAUACGAAAAGAGCAGAUUGAAAACGACAAGAAUUUCUAUCAGAGGUACUGCACUCUAUUCGAGACGAUCAUCAUCGGACGGUAUCUCAAUCAGAUUGAGGACUGCAUACCAGAGCUCAACAAAAUCAGCGCCGACGAUUCUCCCGUCCAUCCAUCGUGGAUUUUCCUGCUUUUCACGCCAGCUUUCGAUUCGGCGCUGCAAGACAAGAACCGACGCAUCAUUGCGCAAUGGGUUAUGGACCGACCGGAACUACUCGCUUCACUCAGCCGACGCCAAAAUAUUUCAACCGGGGCGGGAGAGCCUUCCCUUUUAUCUCUCAUCGUCAACCCGUUCCUUGGGUGGGCUGCUCAGGGAACCCACUUUACCUCAAGUCUACUGAGGGUGAAUCGCCGCAUAGUCAGCGAGCAUGGCGCAGCGCUUUCGAGUUUCUUGUCGGCACUAAUGAAUGGACUGGAAGAAGAUGAGGCGUCCGAGCUUAUGCAUCAGAUCGUAAACACGUACUUGAUCCAAAUUCCUCCGCCUAACCCGACUGGAUUGGCAUUCAUCCUUCAUGGGAUAUACCAGUCCGCUGCGUACAGGCCAUAUAUUAUCACUGAUAGGCAUGUUGAAUUAUUUCGUCAACUCCAGCUCCCUGCCAAAGUGUCUCUGCCUCCUUCCGCUUUAAGAGUCGUUCGGAUCCUCGCUCAGCGUAUCGGUCAACUUGCCACAAAUAUCUCGCAAGUACCGAAAGAUGCCAGUCAGAUGAGCUUGGAAUCUCCGCAUAGCGACAGCACACAGGAGACGCAGGAAAGCGACCAUGGUUUACCAAUCCACCCGAAAAUCGAACUUGCGUCUCCUCGUGAAGAUUUGCAGCCGAAGCCCUUUCAAGGGUUUUUACGGUCCCUUGAGAGCACAGAUUAUCGAUUCUUGCGAGGAGAGGGACUACAGUCCGUUUGUUCGAGCGUUUAUAAUCUCCUAAAGACUAACUCAUCAGACCAAGAAGAGGAAGGAGUUGCUUUAGACCGUAUAUUACAGCUGAUCUGGGAGCGACUUGAAAUCGAAGAUUUCCCCCGCGCAACCUGCCACAUCUUCCCCAAGCUCAUAUUCCACGAAAAUUGCCUCCGUCAUGGCAUGCGACACCCAGAAUUCGCCGAUCUGGUCUCGAGUUGGGCGGAAGGGUUGCUCGACCUGUGUCGAACCCGGAUCGCGACGCUCCCCUCGCUGAUGCGAUCCGUUCGCGAAGCGUUCUUCAAACACCCAGAAGCGUUCCAGGCUUUCCAUCUCGAUUCUUUCCUUUACAAAUUUGUAUCUGAUCCUCCUAGGAUUGUGCUAGACUUUUCGUACGAAGAGUCUAUGGAGUACCUGCUUGAGCCCGCUGGGAAGGGAAGGGACGGCUCGCCUGCUACCAGCCGUCCAGAGCUCUCAACCCGCUAUGGCCUGGGUAGCGGCUUCACUCACGAAUCCUACAGUCUUAUAUGCACAUUUGACAUGUUCAAUCAUUUAUGUGCAUUGAAUGAUUCUGCCUGCUACGAUCUCUUCGACAGAAUCAUCACGCCAUGGACGAAUCAGUCAACGAAAGACGCCACCAUCCCAGCGAAAUGGAAGAGGACCUCCCAAUUGCAGGCCGCAUUCAUCCUAGCGGAGUCCGUCUUCUCCCAAGAAACUUCGAAGCAAUAUUUCGAGCCCCUGCUACGGUUGCUCUCGAUCGAGGCGAUGCCACGUUUCCGCAUCCUCGUGGAAUGGAUACUCGUCCGCUUCCUGCAUCAUACGCCCGAUAUGCACGACGACUUCCUUCGAGCAUUCGAAGGUGCAUCGAACGAUUUCCACAACCCGAAAUACACCUCAAGCUUGGUGCGCGCUGCUGUAGCCAUCGCACAGCUGCCGGUCGCGUCCGAAGAUUUCUCGAGUCGGUUAAUGGUGCUGUUGAUGGCCAUGUCGAUGUACACGAGCGUCGCCGUACGAUACGCAAGUCAAUGGGCGAUCCUUUUUCUCUUUGACAAUGCCGAAUCGCGGGGUUGGGAUACGAUCACUGGAAACCCAAUACUGAAGAAUACCGCGGCAUACUUGCAUAAACUGAAAACCGAGACGGCCGUACCGGGACGUGUCCCUCCAAUGAGGGUUGUCGAGGAUCGCAGCCUAUCAGCCGUGGUGGAGGGAUCGUUCAUCGACGCACAACCAUCCGAGCAACCCAUAGCGACACGCUUGGAUUUCCAGCUGCUGUGGGAAGAGGAUGCAAAAUCGGGUCUAGAUACCUCCCGUUUAUCGGCUACCUUACCACUCGGCAAUCCAGAGCUGCGACCGCCGGUAAAAUUACCGAAGAAGAAACAGCGAGAGGCGGUUCAAGCGGCAGAGGCAGGCGCGACCGCCGCAGCCCCCCUUCAAACUAAAGGCUACACGAUCGAGAAUAUCUUAGACGACUCGAAGACAAGCUGCCGAAACAGCGACCUGAUCCUCGUCGCGUCGCUCAUCGAAUACCCCGUCAACCUCGGCGGCCUAAGCCGCUGCGCCGAAGUGUUCGGUGCUGGAAGCCUCUACAUCCCCUCGCUAUCCGUCGUCGCGGACAAGGAAUUCAAAGCACUCUCGGUAUCCUCCGAAGUUCAUCUGCCGAUUCACGAGUGUCCGGAGAUGGGAUUGAAGCAGAUGCUGGCAGCGAAAAAGAAUGAGGGAUAUACGAUCGUGGGGAUUGAACAGACGGACCAUAGCGUGAUCCUAGGUACAGCGGAGGCCGUGCUACCCACGAAAGCGGUCUUCGUGCUAGGUAGCGAACGAUACGGUAUCCCCGGAGAGCUGAUGCUGGAGAUGGACACGUUUGUCGAGAUUCGGCAGCUGGGUAUCGUUCGGAGCCUGAACGUGCAGACGGCCGCGGCGGUCGUCUUGGCUGAGUAUGUGAGACAGCAUCGGUAGCAAAACG